AUGGACGAACCGCCAAACGAUUGCGUAAAUGAAGAUGAAACGUACUCGAAGAUUACGCUAGGAACAUCCAAUGAAUCCUCUAAUGAAGAGCACAAGGUUCUCGGGGUAGCGUGGAAUUUUGUUGAAGAUGAUCUUGUGUUUGAUCUCAGUCAUGUGACCGAAUUGGCAUCCGAGUGUUCCCCAACAAAGCGAAAUAUCGUCCGUCUUUCUGCAAAGUUCUAUGAUCCGAUUGGCUUCAUGUCGCCAAUAACAGUUCAAUUCCAAGAACUGUGCGGAGAAAAGUUGAAUUGGGACGAUGAAGUACCCCAUGAUCUUAAAGUAAAAUGGGACAAUCUAGUUAAUGAACUAAAACAAAUGAAUCGCAUUCGGCUUUCUCGAUGCUAUUUUCGAGAGGUCGACGACCCAGUUAUCUCCUGCAUUGUCCAUGGAUUUGGUGAUGCCUCGAAGGCGGCGUACGCCGCAGUAACCUACCUGGUCAUGAUUACCACAAUUGGCAUCAGAGUAAAGUUCUUAGCAGCGAAGACACGAGUCGCACCAAUCGAGAGACAAACAAUUCCGAGACUAGAACUUCUAUCAUGUUUGAUCCUUGCAAGGUUAGUGAAGAAUGUUCAAACGGCAUUACGAGAUGAAAUUAAGUUGGAUGAUCCAGUCUGUUGGAGCGAUUUGAAAGUGGCACUUUUCUGGAUCACAAAUGGCAAUAAGGAGUGGAAACAAUUCGUUGAAAAUAGAGUGAGUGAAAUCCGGAGCCUCUUACCCACAGCCACCUGGCGUCAUUGUCCCGGUCGAGAUAAUCCUGCCGAUAUUCCAUCCAGAGGAAUAAAACCGACGGAGCUUACAAGUAAUGAGCUGUGGAGCUGUGGCCCUGAGUGGCUAACCGAUGUUGAAACACACUCUUGUCAAGAUGAGAAGGAAAUUACGCCUCCGAAGGAAUGUCUCGUUGAAGUUCGAUCCACCAAGUCGAGAACUGGUAACCUAAUUGUGAACACCACACCCCAAACCCUUAGCAAUAUCAUCAAUAUCGAGAACUUUGGAACCCUCGACAGACUGGUGCGAGUGACGGCUUAUGUCUUACGUUUGUGAAGAUAUUGAAGGCGAAGACCAGAAAGAGUGACAUAGACGUAGAGCCCAGUUUAACAGUGAAUGAGAUUCGUGAAAGUAGAGAAUUGUGGAUCAAAGAAAUGCAAAGAAAAUUGCCCGAGAAGAACCAGUUUGAACAGUGGAAGGCAGAGUUUGGGCUUUACACUGACGAGCAAGACAUCUGGAGGUGCAAAGGUAGACUGGAAAAGGCGAACCUACCCCACUCAGCAAAGCAUCCAAUUCUAGUUGACAAAGAGCAUUAUUUCGCAUCAUUGAUCGUUUACGACAGCCACAGAAGAGUGAUGCAUAAUGGAGUCAAAGAGACGUUGACUGAUAUAAGAUCGCAGUACUGGAUCGUCCGUGGGAGACAGUUUGUGCGAAAGUUGAUCGGGAGGUGUUCUAUUUGUCGGAGAUUCGAAGGCAAACCCUAUCAAGCUCCACCACCACCUCCCCUACCCGAAUUUCGAAUACGAGAAACACCACCUUUCACAGCAACAGGAAUUGAUUUCCUUGGUCCGCUCUAUGUUCGAACACACGAGAAGAGCGAAAAGGUGUGGGUAUGCCUUUACACAUGUUGUGUAACGAGAGCAGUGCAUUUGGACAUUGUACCAACCCUGACAAAAGAAGGAUUUAUUCGAAGUUUUCGGAGAUUUACCGCGAGACGCGGUGUUCCGUCAACGAUUGUGUCGGACAACGCCGGGACGUUUAAGGCGGCAUCGCGAGAGAUCAAAACGAUGUUGAGAGAUCCAGAGAUAAGGCGAUUCUUCGUCGGCAUGAACAUCACCUGGUCGUUCAAUUUACCCAAGGCACCCUGGUGGGGUGGAAUUUUUGAAAGACUUGUCAAAUCCACUAAGAGGUGUUUAAAGAAGACUGUUGGAGGAGCUCAAUUAACUUACGAAGAGCUCCUGACGGUGGUCGCUGAAGUGGAGAUGAUAUUGAAUUCCCGUCCAAUAUCAUAUGUUUCUACCGAAGAUCUACAAGAACCACUCACUCCGUCACAUUUGUUAACGGGACGAAGAUUACUGAGUAUGCCAGAGCAGGACAUUGGCAAUGACAUAUUAGAUCCCGAAUUCUCGUUAAACGAUAAGGACUUAAGUCGAAGAAUGAAGCACUUGAGCACACUAAUGAAUCAUUUCUGGACCCGUUGGCGUGACGAAUAUUUAAUGGAACUGCGCAAUUCACACCGCGGUAAGAACGACAACGGAAAGGGAACUAUCCGUGCAGGGGAUAUAGUUGUGGUUCACGACGAGUCGCAACCUCGAGCAUGUUGGAGAUUGGGCAAAGUCGAAAGGUUGAUCAACGGAGAGGACGGAAACGUGCGGGGAGCGAUCGUUAUAAUCAGUCCAAAGGGGAAACGGCCGACGACUUUGAAAAGAUCGGUACGGUUACUUUACCCACUAGAGGUAAGGUCCGACUCGGAAGCUGAAGAAAAUCGGUACGGAAAGAACGAACUUGACGAAGCGAUCGGAAAUGAAAUGAACCAAGUCGAAGUAAAGAGACCAAGACGUGAAGCGGCGAAGCGGGGAGAAGAACGGCGAAGGAAAUGGAUUGAGGAACUGAAUGACAGCUAA